UGGUUUUAUACCUUUGUUUAGUGGUCAGUCGUCAUCGAUGACAAUAUCGAGAACCAAUUCUCUCCUCCUCAUCAAACUUUAAAGUAACAAUCAUUUUCAGCAAGUAUUUCUUCUUCGAGAGUAUCAAGAACCCCACAUUUCACUCGACAAGAUUACUGUUUUUUCAAUUUAAUAUACCGUUUUAAUAAAUCAUACGGAUAUUUAUUUUGAAGUGUUUUUCAUUGAUGAUAUUUGAUUAUACAACAAGUUGCUCAAACGGAUCAAGCUUAGUUCAAGUGGGUGGCAUCUGUUUACUUACUAUAAAUAGAAACCAUAAUCCAAAACCAAUCCACAAGAAAAAAGAAUAGAGAGAAAAAAAUGGACUUUCAGAGGAUUCAAAUGACACCAUGGGAGUAUCUUCUAUCUUCUCGAGCUCUUAAUGGCUACCAAGUUACUCAAGAGAAUCAUAUUCGUUGGUCUCAGACUCCAGAUUCUCACAUUUUCUCUGUUGAUCUUCCUGGUUUGAGGAAAGAAGAAAUAAAAGUGGAAAUCGAAGAUUCCAUCUACUUAAUCAUACGCACGGAGACUACGGAAAGAUCCCCGGAACCACCGGUCAGGAGUUUCAAAAGGAAAUUCCGGUUACCGGAAUCGAUAGAUAUAACCGGGAUAUCAGCUGGUUAUGAAGACGGUGUGUUGACUGUGACUGUACCAAAGGUGGUUUUGAGAAGGAGGAGUUUCUUUAUUGAUCCUUCUGAUGUUCCUGAAAGUCUUCAAGUUCUUGCAAGAGCUGCUUAAACAAAGCUACUCUUGUUUCUUUAUUGAUCCUUCUGAUGUUACUGAAAGUCUUCCUUCUUGCAAGAGCUGCUUAAUAAGUAGCUUUUGUUUCUUCCUAUUUUUUAAUAGGAGUUUGAUCUUUGCUUCACAA